UUCCUUGAUUUAACAUCUGAUCUACACGAAAACAAAGGCAGAAGUUUACUAUAGAAUUUGAUAUUCCAUUCAUUUUGUUUAUUAUUGUAUCGAUGGAUAUCAAAGAGAAUUUAGUUAGAUGAUAUUGUGUUCGGUAAAAUUUACAAUAGCAUAAAAAAAUUCGAAGAGAAUUUGAUAAAGCAAAAAAAAAAAAACAUUUCUCAGAAGUGUGUUUAAUUUAUUUCGUCAUUUAUAAAAAUAUCAAUAUACUCUCAAAACAAUGGAUGAUGUCAAACUCUUAACAACAUUAAAAAUAUUAAUCAUAGGAGAAAGUAAUGUAGGCAAAUCGAGUUUAUUAUUACGAUUCACCGAUGACGAAUUCGAUCCAGAACAGUCCUUGACGAUUGGAGUUGAUUUCAAAACAAAAAUUAUCAAUGUCGAUGGUAAUAACGUGAAAUUGGCUUUAUGGGAUACGGCUGGUCAAGAACGCUUCAGAACGCUUACGCCUAGUUAUUAUCGUGAUGCUCAAGGCGCAAUUUUGGUGUAUGACAUAUCGAAACACAGCACAUUUCAAAAGUUAGAAUCAUGGUUAAAUGAACUGGAAAUAUAUGGCACCAAACCAAAUAUGGUGAAAAUGGUUGUUGGCAACAAAUUGGACCAAUCGCACCGUGAAGUGAGUCGUGACGAGGGUAUUCGCUUUGCCAAAAAGCAUCGGACACUAUUCCUUGAAACAUCGGCCAAAACAAACGAAGGAGUUGAAGAGACCUUCGAGGAAGUUGUACGCAAAAUAUUGGAAGCAACACAUUUAUGGGACAACCAUUCUGUAUCAGAUGCAACAAGAUUUAAUUUAAAUGGCCAUGGCGAUGCUCACGAAGGCACAUCUUAUUGCAAUGGUGUUUCAUGUUCAUUAACUUAAAAUGCCGACAAUUAAUUGAUCUGUUUUUUUUUUUGCUUUCUCUACGUUUGUUUAAUACCUAAAAAUAUAUGUAACGCGUUGAUUGAUUUACCGUAAUUUGUAUUAACAUUAUUAGCUAGAUAUGUUGGUACUAUUUUGAUGGAAACCAACUUUUCACAUCAAUAAUUCGAAAUUCAAAUGUAAAUUACCAUUGAAUGUGAAAUCAUCCACAAUCUAAUUUGAAUAGUGCUAAAUAAAAUUAGAACACAACCUUUUUGGCUAAAAUAUUUCCUAUGCAUUUAUUUUAAUUGUUGUUUGUCAAUUCUGAUAUUUUGGUGAGGUUGAAAAUAAAACUCAAAAGUCAUAGCUUGUGCGGCGUUUUUCGACUUGAAGUAA